UGACGGAGCACGCCGGGGGUGACCUCACCCUCCAACAUGGCGGCGGCGGUAGAUUAGGGCUGCGGGUCGAAGCAGCCACCGCCGCUGAGGGACCCUGUCGGGAGCAGCUGCCGCCGCCGCCUGUUUCAUCUCUCUGGGGCAGGGGCCAGGGCCAGGUCUUACACACCUGUAAGUAGACCUCUUUGGAGCUCUGCCAGCCAAAUCAAUGGCGUCUUCUACUACUGUGCCUCUAGGAUUUCAUUAUGAAACGAAGUAUGUGGUUCUCAGCUACUUGGGACUCCUCUCUCAGGAGAAGUUGCAAGAGCAACACCCUUCCUCACCCCAAGGGAUUCAACUAGAUGUAGCUUCACAAUCUCUGGAUGAAGAAGUUUUAUUAAAAAUUAAAGCUGAAAUUGAAGAAGAGCUUAAAUCCCUGGACAAAGAAAUUUCUGAAGCCUUUACCAGCACAGGCUUUGACCGGCACACCUCUCCAGUGUUCAGCCCUGCUAACCCGGAAAGCUCCAUAGAGGACUGCCUGGCCCACCUCGGAGGAAAAGUGUCCCAGGACCUGAAAGAGCCCCUGCACAGAGCAGCGCAGACGCUCCUCAGCCAGCCAGUGACAUAUCAGGCUUAUCGGGAAUGUGUACUGGAGACCACAGUUCAUACCAGCGGCUGGAAUAAGAUCUUGGUGCCUCUGGUUUUGCUACAACAUGUGCUUUUGGAGUUGACGAGGCGUGGUCAAGAACCCCUGAGUGCACUGCUCCAGUUUGGCGUGACUUAUCUGGAGGACUAUGCAGCAGAGUACAUCAUUCAGCAGGGUGGCUGGGGCAUCGUCUUUAAUCUUGAGUCAGAGGAGGAAGAAUAUUCUGGAAUCAUUGCAGAAGAUAGCAAUGACAUUUAUAUCCUGCCCAGUGACAACUCUGGACAAGUCAGUCCUCCAGAGUCUCCAACUGUGACCACUUCGUGGCAAUCAGAGAGCUUACCUGUCUCACUUUCAGCCAGCCAGAGUUGGCACACUGAAAGCCUACCAGUGUCCCUAGGUCCCGAGUCCUGGCAGCAAAUUGCAAUGGAAUCUGAAGAAGUCAAAAGCUUAGACAGCAACGGAGCUGGAGAGAAGAGCGAGAACAACUCUUCUAAUUCUGACAUCGUGCACGUGGAGAAAGAAGAGAUACCGGAGGGCACGGAAGAGGCUGCUGUGACUGCUGAAGCCUCAGUGAGCGGGGGGCCACAAGAAGCAUUUCCCGAAGCCCCGGCCCCCUUGCUUCCACCCGUCACUGCCACUCCCUUGCUGGAGAUGAGGGAGCCCCCUGCACUGAUGCUUGCUCCUGAGGAAGCCAGUCCUGCUUCGUCUUUGUUUGUGGGACUUGAUGAAGAAGAGGGAAAACCAGCAACAACUGAAGUGGAAGAAGAAGUGGUCCCUGCACUGGAACCCACAAAAACACUGCUGAGUGAAAAGGAGACAAAUGCAGGGCAAGGAAGUCUUACAGAAGAGGCCUCCCCUGCUGGAGAGGGGAAGGUCAUCCCUCUGCCCGAGGGCAAGUCGAUGCUGCUGUUCGGAGGGGCUGCCGCUGUUGCCAUCCUGGCAGUGGCUGUCGGAGUGGCAUUGGCUCUGAGAAAGAAAUAGCAGAUUUUUCAGAAGGGAAUGGAGACAAAAAGGGUCUAUGGUAUUGGCUGGAAUUUGACCUGCCAGCAGCUGAUUGGACAUUUGGACAACACUGGGGUACCUGGGGCUCUGCUCAGCAAGGCAGUGGGCCGAUCCCCGGGUGAGGGCUUGAGGAAGAGGGUGUUCACAUUGGUCUCAGUCUAAGUCCCCAGGGCCUUGGCUCAUAGUAGAUUCAGAACCUUAGGAGUAAAAUGCUCCCUCUAGGACAGGGACUCUAGUCCUUGACGUUACUGCUCUCCGGUCACUCUGUUGUAGGAGGCCAUCCUUGGUAUUCUAGGGUGUUCGGCAACCUUCCUGGUCUCUACCCACUAGGUGCCAGCAGCACCCCCUCCCAGCGAUAACAGCCCAAAGUGACCCCAUUGCCAAAUGUCCCCUGUGUGCAGAAUCGCCCCAUUGAGAGCACUGCUUUAGAGGGACAGGGUUAGUGAGGAUCUGGGGUGGGAAUUGCCAUCCAGGGGGCUUGACUGGCUUUCCAGCCUGACCCGGCUGUUCAUCCCCUUGGAGUUUCCUCUUCCUGAUGAGCAGGCCGUGUUCCGCAGUCCCUCCUGUCUGCUCGUCUUUCCCUCCCCUGUCCUAGUGGGUGGGUGCUUCCCACAGCUCAGCUGCCUCUCAGGUACUGCACUGCCCCUUCCUCACCCAGGCCCCCAAGACCCCACAGGAGAGCUUGUUCUGUCCUGUCAGACCCGCAGGGCUCAGGGCGUCCUGCAGUUCCACCUUGUAGAGAUGCUGCCUUUAGGAAUCUUUAA